AAAAAGAAGGCUUCAACUUGAACUACAUACACCACUUCUUGUUCUUGAAUUUUCAAUUCUCUUCUCUUCUUUAUUUGUCAGCCUCUCUUUGAGAUCCAUACCCACUUCCACAAUAACUUAUAUAUCAUUCUGUUACUUUACUAUUUCUUGUUUUUCUUGGUUCAAUCUUUUACCGGAGAGAGAGAUAACAAAGAAAAUAGAAGAAGAAGAAGUAGAGAUUAUCGCCUUUUAUUUGCUUCAGAUUCUCCAAAAUUCAGCUGUAUCCAUUUGAUUAAAGAAAUGCCCAUUUUACCUUUGAUCUGUAAUCUUUUAUUUUCCAGCUAACUACAUUUUAGUCUCCGCCAUUUCUUUUGGCCACACACUCUCCUAUCUUUCUUUUCUGUUUCUCUCUCUUUCUCUCUCUCUAAAUUGACUCUUUUCUAGUAUUAGUCAGUUUAGUUAAAAAAAAAAAAAAAACUCUAAAGAAAGCUUAUUGCUUUAUGAGCUUUGCUUUUUUGAUAUAUAUUCUUGAUCUUACCGUAUUAGUGUAUUUGUGGCAGAUUGGUGAUUCUGGGUUCUAUCUAUCUCACUGAAAUUGGGUUCCAGUUUUAUUUGGUUCUUUGUGAUCUCAACUUUGUUAAGGCUGGUUUAAUCUUAUUCUUGGUUUUGGUUAAACCGGGUUAAAGUUUUGCUGUUUUUGGAAUCUUUUCUGAUAGACUACUUUGGAGAUUUUUAAUGCUUUUUUGCUAAGAUGCAGCCCGAUCAAAGAAAGAAGUCAUCAGUUGAUGUGGACUUUUUCACUGAAUAUGGUGAGGGGAGCAGGUACAAGAUAGAGGAAGUCAUUGGUAAAGGAAGCUAUGGUGUUGUUUGUUCUGCAUAUGAUACCCAUAUUGGAGAAAAGGUUGCAAUUAAGAAAAUCAAUGACAUCUUUGAACAUGUAUCUGAUGCCACCCGCAUACUUAGAGAGAUUAAACUUCUCAGACUUCUGCGUCAUCCAGAUAUAGUGGAGAUCAAGCACAUUUUGUUGCCUCCUUCCCGAAGGGAAUUUAGGGACAUUUAUGUUGUCUUUGAACUGAUGGAAUCUGAUUUACACCAAGUUAUUAAAGCAAAUGAUGAUUUAACACCAGAACAUUAUCAGUUCUUUCUUUAUCAGCUUCUUAGAGGCAUGAAAUAUAUACACACAGCCAAUGUGUUUCACCGGGAUCUAAAACCAAAAAACAUCUUAGCAAAUGCUGACUGCAAGCUAAAGAUCUGUGACUUUGGGCUUGCAAGAGUAGCAUUUAAUGAUACCCCCACAGCGAUUUUCUGGACGGAUUAUGUUGCAACAAGAUGGUAUAGGGCUCCUGAACUGUGUGGAUCAUUUUUCUCAAAGUAUACACCAGCUAUAGACAUAUGGAGUGUUGGAUGCAUUUUUGCUGAACUUUUGACUGGAAAGCCUCUUUUCCCUGGGAAAAACGUUGUUCAUCAACUGGAUCUAAUGACUGAUCUGCUGGGAACGCCAUCACCUGAAGCCAUUGCAAGGGUACGCAAUGAGAAAGCUCGGAGAUAUUUAAGCAGCAUGCGGAAGAAGAAACCAAUUCCUUUCUCCCAGAAGUUUCCUAAUGCAGAUCCCCUUGCACUUCAUUUGUUGGAAAGAAUGUUAGCUUUUGAACCCAAGAACCGACCCACUGCUGAAGAGGCUCUUGCUGAUCCAUAUUUUAAGGGUUUGGCCAAAGUUGAGAGAGAGCCUUCCGCUCAACCAGUUACUAAAAUGGAAUUUGAGUUUGAGAGACGGAGGAUAACUAAGGAAGAUGUACGAGAGCUCAUAUACCGAGAGAUUCUAGAGUACCAUCCUAAAAUGUUGAAAGAGUACUUAGAAGGUUCUGAGCCGACAAGUUUUAUGUAUCCUAGUGCUGUUGACCAUUUUAAGAAGCAGUUUGCUUACCUUGAGGAGCACUAUGGAAAUGGUGCAACUGUUGCUCCACCUGAAAGGCAGCAUGCAUCCUUGCCAAGGCCAUGUGUGUUAUAUUCAGAUAAUACAGUACAAAGUUCUGCGGAAGUUGCAAAUGACUUGUCCAAGUGUUCUAUCAAAGAAAUGGAGAAGCCACAGGUGGACCGAAGUGGUGGGAUCCCAAUGACAAGGCUACCUCUUCAAGUUCCUCAAAGCAUCCAAGCAAGUGCUGCAAGACCUGGGAAAGUUGUUGGUUCAGUGUUACGAUAUAACAAUUGUGGGGCAACAGCAACAACAGUAGAAGCUCUUGAACAGAGAAGGAUGGUUAGGAAUCCUGCCAUUUCAACUCAAUAUACUGCUGCAAACUGUUCAUAUCCUAGAAGAAACCCAGUCUGUAAGAAUGAAAGGGGAGAAGAUGAAGGGGUUGAAGGCUCCGGUGGAUUGCAGCCAAAGCCUCAGUACAUGGCAAGGAAAGUUGCCGCUGCUCAAGGUGGACCCGGGAAUCAUUGGUAUUGAUAAUGUAGCAGGCUUGAACACCUGAUGGCUGAUAACCAGCCUUGUGAUAGCAGUCUUCAGAUCACAUUGCAUCAGAUUGAUCUUGCUGCCAAAGUGAAAUUCAUACGUUUCUAAUGCUGCACUCUAGCAUUGUGUUCUACCAGCCAUGGUCCUUGAGAAGAUUUUCAGGGAUGGGACUUCUGUUGGAGGGCUAGUUGUAAUUUAUUUCACUAAUUUGAGAUUGGACGGGUUCUUUGGUAUCUUACAAUUCAUGAUCAUAUAGCUUUCUGAUUUAGCUGCAGUAACCAAGAUUUAAGACAUUAUGAUUUCAUGAAUGAGGAAAGACAAAGUAAUUGGUCGACUUACCAAGAUCUUUAUCUCGUUAUUCCUUGCAGGAUAGGAGUAAGCUAUUGCUUGUUUUUCCCCGCUUGUGGGGCUAUAACCCCUAUAUUUGGUUGUUGUAUCAUUUUUCUACUGUUCUUAUACCUAUACUGAAGGAUAUGCUUUUCUUAAAUAUGCAACCGAGUCAGGAUUAAUUCA